UACCCACAGUACGCGCCCGUCAACGUCACAAGUAUAACGCAAAGAAUGUUACAAGAUACACCACAGCCGUGAAACGAGUCUCAUAAAAUCACGUUUCUUAUCCGCUUAUCAUAAGUUGCAUCACUGGUUCAUUCCAUCCUUCUCUUUUACCGAUACACUACGUGUAAGAAGAAGACGGACGAUUAAUUUGUCGUGCGGUGGUGUUUCUUUCGCGUUCAGUGUUCGUUCCACCUGACGGGCAAGCGGACGGCCGGUCCAGUCCCGGUUAAGUGAUGUGUGUAAUGUAAUUCGGUCUCGAUAACAAACAUGAUGACUAUGGAUAUCGGGAUGUACAAUAACCAGAAUGGGUACAACGCUGAGUACUAUCAGCAGGGGUCUUACCAGACCCCGUAUGAGGGCUACCACGAAGGCUACUACGAGCCAAGCACGCACUAUUACGAACCGAUUCUACACGGACAGCCUGAAACGAACCCAGUUAUAAGCACCGACACGGGGCUGUGUUACACGAACUUGGAUUAUGGAGAACUGCCCCAAUACCCAAUCCAGCCGUUACCGCCGCACCCAGAGACAUUUAAACAUAGAGAAGAUCAAAGGCAAGACGAAAUGCUUCACGAACAUAAGUUAGACAAUCAUUAUUUAGAGACAAAAUAUAACAUGCACUUUGUGGAUGACACAAUGCAAUAUAGUCAUGGGUCACCACUGCCGUGCGGGGAGUUUGAGGUUCCGUACGUCCCUAAGGAGGAGUUUGGGGGGAUGAGGGAGUUCCCUCGAGAGGGGGACAUUCAACACCACGUGUCUCAUCAAACUCAUCCGCAGCAUGCUGUGCCUACGUAUAAGUGGAUGCAGGUCAAACGGAACGUCCCGAAGCCAGCAGUACCCAAACUGAUGAUUCCUCCGGCGGACUUUGUGAAUCAAGGUGUCCUAGGAAGUCCCCAGGAUGGGAUCCGUACCCCUACUGGCAGCCAAAUGCUAAACAACCCUAUCCUCAACUUGAACAACACCGGCAGAACCAACUUCACCAACAAACAACUUACAGAACUGGAAAAGGAAUUCCACUUCAACAAAUACCUCACGCGAGCGAGAAGGAUAGAAAUAGCCUCCGCCCUACAACUGAAUGAGACGCAAGUCAAGAUCUGGUUUCAGAAUCGACGAAUGAAACAAAAGAAAAGGAUCAAAGAAGGUUUAAUAGUCGCUCCUGAAGUUACACCUUCCACCUCUCACGGCAUUGGCUCUAAUGAAAACAGCCGAGAAUCUAGCUAGAGUGAUAUUGACAUUAAAGUGGAAAAUCUAAAAAAUUAUUCGACUAUGUGCCAAAAUUUUACUACCAAAACCAGUGAAAUCCAUCCGUCUUAAGGAUUUUUUGACAGUUACCGCUGACUGUUUAAUACUUUCAACUGAAAACUGACUCGUGACGACCGUAAGGAUGAGUUUAGAAAACGAGAUUUACCGCGAAGUACUUAUGUCAAAAUCCAAUACAUUCUAGACGAGCGGGAGUCAUGCUUAACGGUUAGCGUUUCCGAAUUACAACAUUCUCCAUACAGAUAUUUGCGCCAGACAUAUUCAACAAUAGCGGUUGUCCACUAAGAUAAAACAGAAUCUUUAAAAUUUCAAUACUGGCUGCCCCCACGAACUUCGUUUCGCCUUGGCUGCUAUGCCAACAAAUGGAACAUUUCUUGCAUCAAAUUGUUUCAAAAAACCUUCCUUUCUUCAGGGAAUAAAUAAAAAAUACUGGAUUUGGUCAAGUUCUGCGCUUAGCAACGUAUUUUGCGAUUCAUUAUUUACAUUUAAUGUAUAAUUUUGGCAAAUAGUAAUAAAAACAAUUCCCAAGGUUUUUGAGAACAGUGGCUAGUCUACGAUGAUAAAUAUCCCUGUCAAAAUGUAAGCUCAAAUAGAUUAAGCUUCAUAUUGUAGAUUAGAAUUCCGUUAGUCGUAAUAAUUGCAGAUAAUUAUUUUAAUAUUUUGUAAUUUUUGCGUAAAAUGAUGCUAGCGUAUUGUUAAUUUAUAAGAUUUUUAAUAAUUUUAUAGGUGCUUCAUUGUUUAAAUGUGGAAUGAGAUUAUUUACUUUAAGUUUGCAACAUUAAAAUUGAACAUACCCGGGCCAUCUAUGUAAUAUAUUCACAAAUGGAAAAUAAAUAAAAUGUAGAUAAAUGUUAGUCUUUGGUUCAGUAAAAUAUCGAUUUAUCGAUUUUCUUUUUAACAUUAAAUUUAUGGUUUUACGAGAACAUUAUUUUUUAAAUGAAAAAUACUAGUGGCGUACAUUUUAGCGUGGCAUUUUAUAAAAAGGCCAGAUAUUGUAAAGUCCUGGGUUUUACCCCAAUUAGGGUAAAGUUGAGUUUUCGCAAAAAUAACUUCGCGAAUUGAAUUUCUGAAUCUUACCCUAAGAUAUGCCAGUUUCUACGGGGUAUUUCUUACCAAGUAUCAUACUCUAAUAUCCAUGGGUCACACCAUUACACUUACAUGGCUAAUGUUACAGUAAUGUUUUAUCUUUUAAGUAUCUCAGUGUGCUCUUGAGGUUGAACUACAACUAACUACAUCACAUAAAACUUUGGUUUUGAAAUAAACGCCUGGGUAUUUUCAAUAAAUGCAACUCAAUUUUAUACGUUUUUACAUUGUAUAAUGCUUUUCGUUUAUAGAAUAUUUUUACCAAAGCUGCUAAAACUUAUUUAUUAAGCAACAUUACAAUAAUUCUAAGUAAUGUACAGGAUAUAAAAUAACUGUAUAUAAUUACAAUUGGUCUUUAGAUUUGACUGUGUGUAAAUUUUUGUAUUGUUAAGUAUUUUAAAUUCAUCAAUAAAUUAAUUGCUCUAUUUUCAA